AUGCGUCCCUUGCAGUUCCUCGCUCUUUCUGGCCUCAUGCUCGCGAGCAACGUUGCGCUCGCAGCCGAGCUCGAACGUGACGAUGUCCCCAAUCGCUGCUGGGACGUCUGCAGUCCUGUGGUGGGCAUCGCCCAGCAGUGCGAUAACACGCAUCGCGACGACGACAGGGCCGAGAUGAACUGCAUUUGCGACUGGAACCAGGCACCGACUUUGGUUCCCCUCUGCGAAGCAUGCAUCUCCCAGUUCAGAAACGACACUCGCAAUGGCACUCGCAAUGACAACGACCGUGACAAUGACCGAGACAAUGACCAUGCAUAUGAUAUCCUCACCUCCUGCUCCUUCUCCACUACUACUUAUAACGCGGCUGCUGCAACCUCUAUCCUGAGCACUGCUACGGGUACUAUCACCCCGACUGCGACGAACAAUGCCGGCGGCUCGACUGGAUCCGGCGGUAAUACUGGUGACUCGCAGUCCAGCAACACCAACAACGGCGGCAACGCUCAACCGAACAACAAUGCGGCGGCUGGCUCUACAGUCCCGAAAGCUGCGUCCGUGGCGGCCGUUGUGGGGUUGAUCGGUCUUGCUUGGCUGUGA